CGCAUCGAUCACGUUCCAAACUCAAAACACUCACAAAAGUUUGACAACUACUUUUAUUUGAAAAUGGAAAACGUCAAGCUUGAAAUUUUCGAGGAAUCCGCAGCGGAUUGCCUCUGCGGGCACUCCUACGACAGUGAACAAUUUAUGAUACAGUGCGAUGUAUGUAAAAAGUGGUAUCACGGAGUAUGUGUGGCGGUGAAGGAAUACAUGUCAACAGAUUUGGAUAAAUAUCACUGUCCACGUUGUGAGAGUAGCCAUGGGCCCUCCCAUCCAAAAAUUCGAAUGAACUGGCAUCGCCACGACUAUUCAGAGGUAGAUGCAGACUCAAAACCAGUGCAGACAGGUACACCAGUGUUCAUUCGAGAGUUGAAAUCUCGACAUUUUCCAAAGGCAGAUGAAGUGGUGAAGAACGUGAGAGGCCAGCAACUGACUCUCCAGUACCUGGAGGCAAAUGGCUUCGAGACCCCCUUCAUAAUCAACGGAAAGGACGGCCUUGACAUGAAUGUCCCGCCCUCAAAUUUCAGUGUCUACGACGUGGAGAGUUACAUCGGAGGCGAUCGAGAGAUGGAUGUCAUCGACGUCACCAGCCAGAACAACAUCAGAAUGAAAUUACGAGACUUCGUUGAGUACUACAACGAUCCAGCACGAACGCGGAUUCUCAAUGUCAUCAGUCUGGAGUUCACUAAUACACCACUGUCACAAAUGGUCGAGGCUCCGUACAUUGCUAGGAAACUUGACUGGGUUAAUUCGGUUUGGCCUCGAGAAAUGGUGGAUGAUCACGAAUUCAAACGACCGGAGGUCCAGAAAUACUGUCUCAUGGGUGUUAGAGACAGCUACACAGACUUUCACAUAGAUUUCGGUGGAACUUCGGUGUGGUACCACGUGCUGAAGGGAGAGAAGGUGUUUUAUCUUAUAAAACCUACAGCUGCCAAUAUCCAGUUGUACCAGCAGUGGAUGAGCAGCUCGAGUCAGAGUGAGACGUUCUUCGGGGAUCAGGCAGACGCCUGCUACAAGUGUGUAAUAACAGAAGGCCAGACGAUGAUGAUUCCCACUGGCUGGAUUCAUGCUGUUCUCACACCUGUCGACUCCCUCGUAUUCGGGGGUAAUUUUCUUCACAGCCUCAACAUUCCCAUGCAGAUACAGAUCUACGAGCUCGAGAGGAAGAUGAAAACACCUGCCAAGUACCAGUAUCCGGGGUUCGAGACCAUCAACUGGCUCGCUGCCAAGAAAUUGCUGAAGGAAUUGAAGGAUCUCAAUCACGAUGGGAAAAAGUGUCCUGAGUAUUUUCUGCAUGGGGUCAAGGCACUCCUAGUGAUUCUGAAGCAGUGGAAUACUGAUAAGGAUUAUAAUACUAUCAGCAGGAGUCAAAUACCGAGGAUUAUUAACAGUCAGAAGCUGUUGAAGGAGCUCAGUAAAGAGAUUCGUCAUGCAGAGAGAUAUCUCAUGGCUUUGAAUCCACCUAAACCUGAACGCGAGAGCAAGAGAAAAAAGAGGAAACCCGUUAAUAAGGAUUUUGUGGAUUUUGAGGCUGCCGAUAAGCUCUCUGAGAAUGUGUUCAAAGCGAAAAUUGGAAAAGUCGAGAAGGAGCUUGAGGUUGAGGCUGUGAAGAGCUCACCCAUCAAGACUUGUAUUAAAUUAACUCUUCCUAAAACCGUUAUCAAUCUCCAGGGCACUACGAAGUCCGAUCUCAAGAAUCUCGAUAAGAGAAAACACGAAGGAAUCAAUCGGUUGACGAAACCCGGCAAACAGAGUCCCACAGUAAUCAGAUUUAAGCUAGGGGAUAACGAAGUUGUGAGGAGUACGAAUGAAAAGGUAAAUUUGUACGGGAAUUUCGCGAUUGAUUCGUCAAUUGAGACGCAGAAGGAAUUCACGUGGAAGCAGACGUCGAUCUAUGAUUUUCAUGAUGGGAGCAAUGAGAGUGAUCACGGUGGAGGAUUCACUAUCGAUGAAGCACCGAAGAAGAAGAGAUCGUCACGGUCUGGGGGGAAUAAGAAGAGUAAAAAAGUUGAGCAGGUGCAGGUGACGGAUGAGACACCGAAAAAUGGCAUCGAGGAACUGCUCAAGGCAUCGGCUUACACUCUUCCAUCUUCUGGGUCUCGCAUCGAAACUGGAAUUCCCACGAUACUGACGCAGGGACAGGCGCAGACCGGUUCUGGCAGGGCAUCACCAUCAACGCGCGAGGCAAUUGCGGGGAUGCUUUCGAUCAGCGAGCAGUGUUACUCUACUCAAACUGGAAGCUCCAAAAAAUCGGGAUCAAAGUCCAGAGCAGUGGAGUAUCACGACGACGAGGAGGACGACCAGUCGAUUGAAAAUAUCGAUAAGGUUCACCAAGACGAUGAUUUCAUUUAUCCAGCUUUAGAUGCCUCCGAUGACGAGGAAUACAUAUUCAAACCCCGUGGAAAACGACGUGUGGAUGAGGCGUGGAAUCCGAAGGCACGCGUUGGUCCCCUAUUGCCUAAAACAAAUAGACCAGCUCGAGAGGGCGUGAAGAAGACGUCAGUGGAGAAGGGACUGGAAGCAGCAGCAGCGAAACGAGCGAAACUAGCUACAACGACAAAGCGCAUCUCGAAAAAGCAGAAGAAGGAAAUGAAAGCAUCUGUUAAGGCAGUCGUUAAACCGACAGGUUCAGUCCAGUCAACGACUAAUAACGAAAUACCGACGUCAGCAGUUAUUAGUUAUAGCUCCAUACUAACGAGCCCCAACAGGCUGAAGGACGUGAAGGCCAAACUAGCAGCACCAGUUCCCAUUGAGCGUAAACCACGGAAGGGCAUGAAAACAGCCAAGCAGCGCCUAGGAAAGAUUCUAAAACUCCACAAAAUGAUGCACUGAAUCACUAUUGAAUCAGCAGCAAAAUGAUAAAGCGAGAUAAUUCGAAUUUUAUGUUUUUACAAGUAAAACUAUUGCUUUUACAAGAAAAUAGUAUGGAUCAUUUUUUGAAGUUAAUGCAAUUAGCUGCAAAAAAUUUUUUUUUUAUAUAUACAGAUAAUUCAGGGGAAUUUUACAUUCGAUUUAUCUCCCUUUAUAAUUUUUUAAUUCUGCAAUUAUCCAUGUACAUUGUACAUUACUGUAAAUACUGUACACACUGAGUUUGUACGAAUUUUUUUCACGACACGAUAGCAGUUAUUAACUAUUUCGAAUUAGAUUCGAAUGGAUGACCACGAGUGAUUAUUUUGAUUUUAUUUAUUCCGACUAUAUUUCUGUUUACAAUUGUCUAACGAACAAGUGUCACAUUGACCAUUCAGUAUUAAGAGAAGAUAUUGAGUUUUAUUUCGGUGAUUAAUUGAUAUGAAGGAAUUACGCAUACCACAGCUUAUCAUUCAAGUUUAUUAUUAAAUGUUUUCU